GCGGCCGCGGCUUCGGCGCCGCUCCCGUCGCAUCCGCUGGAGGAAGCGAAAGAGCGGGCGGCUGCCCGGAGUCGGCAUGGCGGCCAAGGGGGCCCGGCAGCGGCCGCGGGCAGGAGGAGGAGGAGGGGGCGGAGGGGAGGGGGCCCGCUUGCGGCCGGAGGUGGUGGGCACGGAGGAGGCUCGGGCGGAGCCGUCCGGGAGCAAGGCAGGGCAAGUGUGGGCCCCUGAAGGAUCCACGGCCUUCAAGUGUCUCAUCUCGGCCAGGUUCUGUGCUGCACUCCUCAGCAACAUCUCCGACUGUGAUGAGACCUUCAACUACUGGGAACCGACACACUACCUCAUUUAUGGGAAGGGGUUUCAAACAUGGGAGUAUUCUCCAGCCUACGCCAUCCGCUCCUAUGCGUACCUGUGGCUUCAUGCCCUACCAGCCUUGUUCCACGCUAGAAUCCUGCAGACUAACAAGGUUCUUAUCUUCUAUUUCCUACGAUGCUUCUUGGCAUUCCUGAGCUGUGUUUGUGAACUCUACUUUUAUAAGGCUGUGUGCAAGAAGUUUGGACUACAUGUGAGUCGUCUGAUGUUAGCUUUCUUAGUACUCAGCACGGGGAUGUUUUGCUCAUCGGCGGCUUUCCUCCCAAGCAGUUUCUGCAUGUACACCACGGUGAUUGCCAUGACUGGCUGGUAUAUGGACAAGACCUCUGUAGCAGUGCUAGGCAUAGCUGCUGGAGCACUAGUGGGCUGGCCCUUCAGUGCAGCUCUUGGGCUUCCUAUUGCCUUUGACUUGUUAAUACUGAAGCAGAGGUGGAAAAGCUUCUUAAACUGGUGUGUGGUGUCAUUGAUCCUGUUUCUGGUGCCCCUGGUAGUUGUGGACAGCUAUUACUAUGGGAAGCUGGUAGUUGCACCUCUCAACAUUGUUUUAUACAAUGUCUUCACCUCCCACGGACCUGAUCUCUAUGGUACAGAACCCUGGUCCUUCUAUUUCAUCAAUGGCUUUCUGAAUUUCAAUGUGGCAUUUAUUUUGGCGCUGUUUGUGCUACCACUGACUUGUCUCAUGGAGAGUCUGCUUCAGAAAUUUCAUGUUCAGAAUCUGGGCCGUCCCUACUGGCUGACGCUAGCUCCUAUGUACGUUUGGAUCAUAAUUUUCUUCAGCCAGGCUCACAAAGAAGAGAGGUUUCUCUUUCCCAUCUAUCCUCUCAUAUGUCUCUGCAGUGCUGUAGCUCUGUCUGCUCUUCAGAAGUGUUACCACUUCGUAUUCCAGCGCUAUCGCCUGGAACACUACACGGUCUCCUCCAACUGGUUGGCUCUGGGCAUCAUCUUUCUCUUUGGCGUUCUGUCAUUGUCACGCUCUGUUGCCUUAUUCCGAGGCUAUCACGGGCCUCUGGACCUGUACCCGGAAUUUCACAGGAUUGCUACGGACCCAAGUAUUCACACCAUGCCAGAGGGGAGGCCGGUUAAUGUCUGUGUGGGAAAGGAAUGGCACAGAUUCCCAAGCAGCUUUCUACUGCCAGAUAAUUGGCAGCUCCAGUUCAUCCUGUCAGAAUUCAGGGGCCAGUUACCCAAACCAUUUGCCAAGGGACCAAUGGCCACACGGAUCAUUCCCACAGACAUGAAUGACCAAAACAAGGAAGAGCCAUCUCGAUACAUCGACAUUUCCAAAUGCCACUAUCUAGUGGACUUGGAUACAGCAGCUGAAAGCCCAAGGGAGCCAAGAUACUCCUCCAACAAAGAAGAGUGGGUUACCAUUGCCUACAAGCCAUUCCUAGACGCUUCCAGCCUGUUCUCUAGAUUGGGGAUGCUUUUGUUCAUGAGCAGAGCCCUUGUGCAGCUCAGACCUCCGGUGCCACACUUGCUUCAGAAGUAUUUGCUAAGAAGUUUCCUUGUUGUGUUUGAAGGCUGCUAUAUUGGUGAGGCACAAUGUGCCCUUGAUGAAGACAUACUGGCUUUCUCAGAUCACUUCUUUGUGUUGCAUGUGCCAUAACAUCUCUUCCAAGAAGAUCUGUUCCAUGGUAUUCCCGGGCACAGAGGUGAGUCUCACCAGCCUUUAGUUCCCCAAGUCUUCCUUUCUACUCAUCUUAAAAACAGAUGUGAUAUUUUCCUUUUUCCAGUCAGCAGGGAUUUCACCUGACAGCCAUGAUUUUUCAAAUAUGAUGGAGAAUGGCUUUGCCACCAGAUUGGUCAGUUCCUUCAGGAUCCUAGGAUGCACAUCUUUAGGCCCUAUAGAUGUGUAUACGUUUAGUCUCAUCAGGAGGUCUUGAACCUGUGAUUUUGUUCUCCUGACCCUCACCUAGAGGCUCAGGGAAGUGAGAGAGAUGGGAAACCUGACUGCCAGUGAAGACUGAGGCAAAGAACUUGAGUACCUCAGCCUUCUCCAUGUCUGUUGUUGCCAGUUCUCUUAUUUAUCUGAAGGUGUACGCUGUCCUUGACCUUUCUCUUAUGACAAACAUACCUCUAGAAUCCCUUCUUGUUAUUAUUCAUAUCCCUUCCAAGUUCAGUUCUUUCUUUGCCUGGGCUUUCCUGAUCCUAUCUUUACAUGUCUGGGCAGUAUCCCUAUACUCCUCCCAGGCCACGCAUCCCUCAUUCCACUACCUGUGCAUUUCCUUCUCAUCCCUCUGUUUGACCAGCAGGUCCUUGCUCAGCCAUGCUACCUUCCUGCCUCCUCUUUUGAUUUCUUAUACUCAGAAGCUAGUAAAUCAAAUAAAGCAAGAGAGAGUGUCCAAAAACCAAAAGGCCUUACUCUAAUGCUGGUGGCGAGUCAGCUAGGGAGGGAGACGCUACUGGGAUGAGCAGAAGUGAAGCGGAGAACAAAAAGGGAAUGUCUUGUGAUAUGCGAACAGUUUUUAUCUUUUUCCUCUGAACAGAAAAUGGUAACAGAACAGUGAACAGUCCUCUGGGAGAUGUAGUUCUUCUCUUCUACUGAUGAUCCAUGGAACUGGAGCAUUAACGCUUUAACUCCCAGUGCACAACAUGAUAUUAUGAUGUGGAAUACCGAUAACAAAAAUCAUAAAACCAUGACAAGUGGUUAUGGCAGAGUGUGCUGGCAAGGCUGGAAGACCCCAGCAGCACUAAGGUCUUUGCCCCCUUUGCCAUGGCAUUUGUCUCUGUUAUUGAAGCCCAUGAGGAGACACACUGUCCUCACGGCACUGAGGCCUUGUUGUCUCCUGGUGAUACUGUGGGAAGCCUGGAAGUGUUGUUUGAUUGUGCUUCAUUCAGUUUUGCAUGUCCCAGUCCCACUGCCCAGGAAGGGCCCUGAGCCAUGCCUGAGAGGCAGAAUCUCCCUUCCCAAGGUCUAGGGGUCAAGGCUCAGCUUUUCUGCUUCAUCAGACAAACCAAGGGCUUUUUCAGCAUCAGAGCCAUCUACCAAGUGCCCUUGCCUACCUGCAAUCAUGGCCUCUAAUUAUCUUCUCUAAUAAGUCCAUGGAGAGGGUGUCAGUAAUGGCCCUCUGUGGGACCCAUUAAUACUUCAAGACACUUGAACACUUACUUCUGAUUUUAUCUUCUGGAACGGUGACAUCAGUUGCCUCUCAAUACCUGAGGCUCAUUGGCUCAGCACCAAAUAAACCAUGGGACUCAUAAAAGUGCAGAAUGCCUUGACAAGCCAUUUUCAUCUAGUCUUAGAGAUGUACAGUUAAUUAGAUUUCAAGAGUGUAGUUAAAGAGGAAGUUUUCAGUGAGUACAUACUAAAAAAAAGGAUUUUUUGUAUUUCCAGGUGUUUUUCCUUGCUUUUCAGUUUCAACAAAUAGUGAUAGCAACAUUCCCCAACUGAUAUUGAUCCAGGGUAUCUCCUAAGGAGAUCUGGGCAGGUGUGAAAAGCUGUCUCUUGAGGGUGGACACCAUAUAGGCAGUCUGACUGUUCAGCUCCUCAGGCAUGCCAUUUCUCUCAUUGGUCACGCGAGACUUGCUUCACUUUUUUUUUUAAACACCUGAUUUCUCCACUGCUGUGAAAGCUGGAUGUUACAGCUCUUCGGCACCAACUUCUACCUGCUUUCCUUAGAGAACUGGCCGCAGACAGCCACAGAAAGGUACUGACUUUCUUAAAAGAACAUGAGUUAUUCACUCAGUCCUGAGAGGAAAAAGGCAGCAGUGGAUGUACCCCCGGCCACUGGGGAAUCAUGGACUUGGCUGUUAAGCAGAAGUUGUGGUCUAAGUCUAGGAUUGUAGCUGCUUGAUUUUACAGACAGUGCUCCUGUGCUUUUACACUUCCCUGUCCAGCCAGCAAACGUAUCUUGGCAAUCCAGCAUGCGGUUACUGAUAAUGCUGAUGGGUGUAACCAACACCUUUAACUGGGAGUUAAAGGUCACCCACCUUGUCAGUGGGUGUCCCACCACUUGACCUGAUGUUGUGUAUGCCAUCACAUUUUGCCACUGACACCAGCCUCAGAGUCACAUACUGAUCAGCUAGGCACACUUGUUUCUUCUAAUAUCAUUUCCUUCUACUGGAUGAAUAGAAGAAAACCGUUCCUUAAGUCUUUUGAAUACAAACCAGAAGUCAUUUCAUUAAGACCAAAUCAGAUUUAAGAUAAUAUCUUCUACUCAGUGGGACUGUCCAAUAGAGACUGGAGCAGUAAUUAUCCUGGAAACCCUCUUGGCUGCUGUUUUUUUCUUCACCAUUCAUGCAUCUAGAUUUGAGGUGAAUUUGCUAUCACAUUUCCUCGUGUCCUCCCCAUGGUAACACAGGUAAAACCACACGGUGGCACGUGGUGUGGAACUGGGGAAAUCUUUUAUGCAUUUGUGUCAUAAGUGUGAACCUGGGGAUAGAAAGCAGAUGGGAAGGGGAGGUGCUUUGGUCUGGUCAUGGCUGGACACAGAUGCUUUUUGCAAGGUGACUGAACUGGGAGCUGCAGUCCCAUGCCUACUUGAUCACCACAGUCCCUGGGUAAGGAAUAGCAUCAGCUGGACAUGUCACCAUGCAGGGUCAGACUCUGGGCCUCUUUGCUUGCCUUGGUGGUGUUUGGUGCGAGCUCAAACAUGGGUGAUGUGUGCAGCUCUACCACAGAUGCCUGUCUGGUGGAUGGUCUCUGUACCAUGAGUCUGUUCAUUCCUCUGUCUGGGGACAUGUCUGAGACAUAUGAAUGGUUUUAAACUAAAAGAAAGUAGAUUAAGAUUAAAUGCCUGGAGGAAUGUCAUUCUUCAGAGCAAAGUGAGGUACUGGAACAAAUUACCCUGCGAAACUGUGGGUGCCCCAUCUCUGGAAGGGCUCAAAGCCAGGUGGGAUGGGGCCCUGGGCAGCCUGAGCUGGUGGGGGGCAGCCCUGCCCAUGGCCGAGGGGUAGACCUGGGUGAUCCUUAAGAUCCCUUCCAACACAAGCCAUUCUGUGAUACGGCUCUAUGAUAAGCUCUCUUCUAAUCCAAAUAAUUCUAUGACAGUCAUAACCUCCAGUGGCUGAGAGCUUGUGCCCCUUUUCUACUCGCUUUGUCAUUGUCCUUUUCCUUAGCUAUAAUGGGAUCGAAAGUACCAUGAUAAUAGCAGAGUGGCAAAGUCUUUGGCUAUGGGAAAUGAGAAUGAGCUCAAAUGCAGCAGCCACAGAUGCAGACAUGAAGGAAAAGAGCUACUUACCUUUAAAAGGCCUCAGGUAGGCAGAGAUCUUCAGCAAGAAAUACCCUUGCUUCCACUGCCAACCCUUAAAUGAGGUCUGGGAAGGGGUGGAUCCUGGCUCCAGCCCUUUUGUCACUGAGUGGAUUGCUUGCACCUGAGUUCCCCUGGGUUGGCCCUGCCUUCCCACCAGGUGCUCAAUCGCUGUUUCAGGCCAUGACUUAGCAUUUCCACUAGGCUUAGGAAGGAAUCCCAGCUGCUGUGGUUCCUUGCCCUCUAAUUCCAGGCUUCAUUGUCCUAGCAUGGGAGCAGACAGGUCACCUGGAUGAUGGCUGAAAUCUUUUUGCAUAUGUGACAGCUUACUCAUAGAAGGAGAAGGGGAAGGUGCCAUUCCUUUACUCCUCCAUAAAUUGUUUCUCACUGGAGAAAAGGUAGAAUGUGUAGUUGUUAAUAGUUUCCAAGUGAUGGUUCCCAAAGUACAAGCAUGAUGACAAUGCUGAGGCAAAUACGUUAUGCUCAUGGCCAGUGCUUUAAUCAGAGUUCUACUAGGAGAACAUAACACAGCACAGCAAACUGAAAAAGCCAAAAAAAUGAGUUUAAACCAGCUCUCAGAGGUGUCAUGCAGCAAAAAUGGACCGUAACACAAAAAAUAAUGCUAAGAGCAAAUGAACUGCAACCAUUAUCUACUAAGUGUCUGCAAUGAUUCUAAGAAAAUAUAAACAAAUUUGUUCUCUCUG